AUAUUAGUCAUUGAAAAAGCAUUGACUAAAAAAAAAAUUUUUUUUUUUUGGUUUUUUUUGUAAAACAUUUUACGUUAGUAUUUGAAAGUUAACGACAAAAAAGUCGUCCAUUUUUUUUGUUGGUGGUAUUAGUUGGCCAUAAAAAUCAAAUUGAUUGUUGGGAUCAAACUUGUGGUUUUUUAUAUAAGCUUUUGGUUUCAUCAAAGAUAGACACAGACAAUGGAUCCGCCCGUCGGAGCUCCCGGUCGUUCACGCGGUCGGGCCAGAGGCCGAGCACAGCCGGCCGUACCGCAAGGUGCCGAAGAGGCACUGGGUUCGGGUAUGCUGGCCAUGCGUAUUGGCGGCGAUGAUGGCAAUGGCAACGGUAACGGUAAUGGCAGCAAUGGUAACGGCAACGGCAAUGGUAACGGUAAUGGCAAUGGAAAUGGAGAUAAUGGUGACGGAGCUGUUAGAGGAAGAGGUGGCUACCGAAGCUUGAAUGUUGAACUGGAUACCCGUCCCCGGGGUGUUCCCGAAGAUCGCUAUUACGGUACUACUGGCCAAGAGAUAACAUUAAUGAGCAAUUAUUUUCGUCUGACACCGCCGAAAGACAUUGUGGUCAACAAUUUUCAUGUCAAAUUUGAGCCGCAAAUUGAGGCGCCGCAACUUCGCCGCAAACUCGUCCAAUCGAUUCCCGACUUGUUUGGCAAAGCUUUCACAUUCGAUGGUAUGUCCAAUAUUAAGACUUUGGUGUCCAAUCGCGAAGAACAACAACACUUUGUCAAACAUCCGUCGACUGACGAAAACAUUCAGAUUACCAUUCAGUUUACCGAAGAAGUUCCCUGGGGUUCGAUGGAAAUGCUUCGGCUAUUCAAUACAAAUAUGCGAAAGUAUAUGCGUUUUAUCGGUUGGGUAUUGAUUGGCCGUAACUAUUAUAAUGAUGCGGCCGGCCAAAUACUUGCCGAACAUAAGUUGCGUAUAGUUCCCGGUGCUAUAACUGCCGUCAACCAACACCAGGAGGACAUACUAAUGGUUGUCGAUUCAUCGACUAAACUGUUGCGUACGGAAACGGUAAUGCAGAUGAUGAUGGAUAUUCGUCGGCGAUCGGGUGGCGGCGAUUGGAUGGCCGAAGCUAAACGAGAAAUAUGCGGUAUGAUUGUACUGACCAAAUACAACAAUCGUACGUAUAAGAUCAACGAUAUCAGUACUGGCCAGGGAUUUACGCCCGAAGACUAUCGGUUUGAUUGUCGCGGCCGUAACAUUAAUCUGAUGGAGUAUUAUAAACAAGUUUACAAUAUAACUAUUGGUCAGCCGAAACAACCGCUGAUUGAAGUAUUGCCGACUGCACGCGAUCGCCGAUCGGGUCGUACGCAAACAUUUUAUUUGAUACCCGAACUAUGUUUUCUGACCGGUCUAUCCGAGCGUAUGGCCAACGAUCAGAAUUUGAAACGCCGUAUAGCGGAUGUAUCGAGACUCAAACCGACCGAUCGGGUCAGUAAUUUGCAACGAUUUAUAUCCGAUGUUAUGACACAUCCGAAAGUUAUCGAAGAUUUGCCCGUUUGGGGUGUCAAAUACGAUACCCAAUUGCUAAAGGUCAAGGGUCGUAUAUUGGAUUGCGAAUCGAUUUAUAUGGGUCAGGAUCAGGUGGGCGUGAAAUUUACGCAAAAAGCGGGCGAUUUUGGCCGAGAAAUCCGAUCGAAAUCGAUGUUCAAGACGGUCACUUUGGGCCGCUGGCUGAUUAUGUCCACUCAACGUGACCAGGGUCAUGUGGACACUUUUUUGCAAACUAUGCGCAAAGUUUGUACGCCAUUGGGUUUUACUUAUCAAAAUCCCCGAAUGGAAACCCUACCGGACGAUCGUGUGGGUACAUGGGUUAACAAAUGUCAGGACGCCCAACAAAAAUCGGCCGAAAUGGUUGUCUGUAUUGUACCCAAUAAUAAUAAGGAACGGUAUGAUGCCAUCAAAAAGAUGUGUUAUUGCGAAAAGCCGAUUGCAUCCCAGGUUAUUUUGGCGAAAAAUUUUCUGAAAACAUCGGGCGUAAUGUCUAUCGUAACGAAAGUAGCCAUGCAAAUGGCCACGAAAAUGGGCGGCGAACCGUGGGCUCUGAAAAUACCGCCAAAAAAUCUGAUGGUUGUCGGCUACGAUACCUAUCACGAUAGCGCUCAUGGAUCUCGACGAUCGGCCGGUGCUUUUGUUUGUUCGCUAAACGCUACGUUGACUGCCUGGCACUCGAGGGUCAAGUUUCACGAGAAUACCGAAGAAAUGUCAUCAAAUUUUGCCUAUAAUCUACAAGAGGGUAUCAAACAAUGGUACACUGUUAACGGUAAUCAAUUGCCCAACAAGAUUGUCAUCUAUCGGGACGGUGUCGGCGAAGGUAUGAUUGAACACGUGUUUGAACACGAAGUCCGCCAGGUGUUGGACGCACUCAAAAAGGUCAAUCCGGGCUCACCGCCGGCGCUGGCCUUUAUCAUUGUAACCAAACGUGUUAAUGCCCGCUUUUUUACCGGUCCGCAACCGGAUAAUCCGAUUCCCGGCACUGUCAUCGACAAGACGGUUACCCGAUUGAAUCGUUACGAUUUCUAUUUGAUUUCGCAAUCCGUACGCCAGGGAACAGUAGCACCGACUAUGUAUAACAUUAUCUACGAUACGUCCGGAUUUAAAACGGAAAACCAUCAAAUGUUGGCCUAUAAGUUGACUCAUUUGUACUACAAUUGGCAGGGAACUAUUCGGGUGCCGGCGCCGUGUCAAUACGCCCACAAGUUGGCCUUCCUAACGGGUACCAGUUUGCACCGGGAGCCAAGCGCUUCAAUGGGUUCAAAACUUUUCUAUCUCUAAAUGAAUGACUGACUGGCUGGCCAUACGAGAUGCCGACGACACCGAUUAUGAUGAGUCCAUUAAAAACUAAAAAAUUAAUUUCACAUUAAUUAUAUAUUUCAUUUGAUUUUUGUUUAUUUUAAUUACAAUUAUUAUUAUUAUUAAUACAAUUUUUGACA